AUGCAAAAUAGAUUGAUGCAGAAUUUUCGAAAACAUUUAGAUUAUUUUAAUAAUAAUUCUAAAACUCAAGAACAAGACUUACGUGAUUUAUUUACUCCAUUUGGUCCUGUUAGUCGAGUAUUCUUAGCAAAAGAUAAAACAAAUAAUACAUCAAAAGGUUUUGCUUUUAUAACAUUUAAUGAAAAGAAAGAUGCACAAAAAGCUAUUGAAUGUGUAUCUGGAUUUGGUUAUGAUCAUUUAAUUCUUAAAGUUGAAUGGGCAAAGUAA